GCUUAGCGCCAGUCGACGGUUCCAUCAGCUUUGAUGGGUCUGUAAAAAGUGUAAUUUGUUGUUUUUUUAUUUUUAUUUUUUUAAGAAAAAGGCAUUACAAUUUCAAUCAAUUUCAUUAAUCUUCUUCGGCAUUAAAUCUCAAAUCUAUCAAAUUGUUAACAUUAGAAUCGUAUUGAAAUAAAAUUGCAUAAAGUUCGUUAGAUGGCGUGGUUCGAAUUUAAGUAAAAUAUCGUCCUAAAAGUGAGUUUCUGUUGCGAGGAAUAUUUUCAGCACUGUGAACUGUGACUGUCGUCGACGCUUAUAAAACGGCGCCAUUUUAGAAUGUGAAUAAUAAAAAAUUAACUAAAAACAUUUUUGUCUCCGGACUCGAAAUAAUGAAACACAAAAGUCAUCAUGAAGCGAAGGUUGUGGCUCAAGCAGCACCACAGUCGAGCGAAAAUGAAGAGUCGGAUUGCACGGCUACAGAAUCGAGCUCGAUGUCAGAACGAUUGCAUAAGAAAAGACGAAAAAGUACCACACAAUUUAGCGUCUUAAGGUCUGAUACUGAUGGCUUGCGUAUGAAAAUAUCAGCCAUCCGAAGGAAAACCACUGACUUGAGACAGGAGGAUGUGAAAAGCCGUUCGGAGAACAACAACAUCGAGCCAUCAAAAUCGAACAGGGACAAAAUGUUGGCCCCAUUAGAAUCUGCUACAAAGCCAACAGUUUCGGCGUUAAAAUCCUGUUGCUCCAUUUAUGUUAAAGAAAGUGAUUCAAGAUCGGAAGCUAGUAGUUCGGGAAAAAUAAAAAAGUUAAAAUUAAAACGAAAAAAGACAGGAAAACACCAUGAUGCAAAGCAGCUUCCAUUUGGGGUUAUAACACAAAAUCCCCAAACGUUAUUUAAAAACACGAAUCAUAUAAAGGAUCGACCGCUAAGCAGUUUAAACCAGCCUUCUGUGCUUCCCGACGACAAUAUAGGACUGUCCUCAAGUGAUAACGAAUUGCCAGCUUUAGUUAGUGCAGCUAUCAAAUGUGUAGAGAGUGAUUCGGACUCUCACUCAAAUUGUACUCAACCUAAAAUCCAAUACACUUCAAGUUUGCUUCAAGAUUUCAUGGAAAAAACGCAGAAGUUAUCAGAGAGUGCGAACAAAGGAAAGAGAACUAAUGAAAUUGCAACAACGUCGACGGCAAGUACAAGCCUUCUAAAUGGCGGUGAACAGACUCAACUGCUGCGGAAGAAGCGCGGAAGACCGAAGAAAUCUGCGAACGCCCCAGUGGUCAAUGAAUCGGCCGAUUCGGGCGUAGUUUCGUCCCAUGCUCAGAGCAUAUCUCCUUCGCCAAAGAAUCUAAUUGAGCGUUCUCGGUCACAUGCAAGAGUGGAGAGAAAUAUUUCACCCCCAAAAAUCGACAUUGUUAAUUUGGAAAAAAGAGUAUAUGCCAUGAACGAGCGAGUGCUCUAUCCGCCUCCGAAGAGCAAGAUGAGAAAGCAACAAGCUGCUGCUCCAAAACAAGCUCCUGUAAGCGUAAACAAUAAAUCCUUAGCAAUAAAAUCGAACCACAAAGAAGAUACACUGGACCCCGUGUGGCGGAAGAUAGAUGUGAACUCGAAAUUUCGCAGGCCAAGUGUGAGUGGAUACAAAAGUGAUGGCUGUGGAUUCUCCACUACAGUUUGCAGUAAAAUAUUAACUGCAAAGAGCGGCUAUGCCAGCGAUUACAGCGUUCGGAAUAACCAUUACUCCGGGUACAAGAGCGAUGCCAGUGGCAAAAGUCGUUGCAGUAUGAAAAGCUGCUACAGUCGAGUGAGUAGGGCUAAGAGCUGUGAUGGGAAACGGCGGACGAAAUUCCGUCGCAAGCGGAGGCCAACUUUAAGCCAAUCAAAAUCAGUGAUUAACAUAAACGAGCAGGAUAUUUUGCAAUUGGCCGGCCUAAGUCUUGGACAGAGUAGCGAAGAAAGCAGCGGGUCUGUGGUGUGCAAGCCAAAAAUUCUAGUUGAAGACGCAGAAUCGACGAAUGUCUACAAAAAGUACGGUGAGAUCAAUCGGUACAUCACAACAGGCGAGUACUUUGGUAGGAGUAAGACGUCUCAUUUCGCUGGAAGUAAACAUUUAGAGACCUGCAAUGUCGACCAAGAAUCUCAAGAUCCUUACAACUUUUUGGGUUCAAUAGGCACCAAGCUCUGCUCUCGUUCGAGGAAGAGCUCAGUCGCUAUUGAGCUGCCCCCGCAACUGAGUUCAUCUCGCAAACUGAAGUCAAGGCGGUCGUCUGUUGCGAGUUUCUGCAGCAGCUUCUUUUCCGGAGUUUCCAAAGUCAAGAGACGACAUCGGAGGAAGAGCAAUAAAUUUGGUUGCAGUAAGAUGGUGGUCGUUGAUUCGAAACUCUUGACUGAAAUAGAAAUCAUAACUAAUUCUUUCCCGAUCAUGUGCCGUAUUCAUUGUGAUAAACCGGUAGCUAGUGGGUAUGCCAAAGAAAAGGCGGGCAGCGAACGAAUAGCUCCACAAAAGUCAUUAUACCAAAACAAACGAAAUCUCAAGAAACGGAAGCUAAGCGAAAACGUAGAGUUUGCACUAUCUAAUGGAAUAACAUUAGCAGCAGGUGCAACAAGCAAGAGACGUCACAAAAAGACAUGCAGCUCAAGCCCCGACGAUCACAAGCUGCCUCUCAAAAAGAGACACUACCUUCUGACACCAGGCGAUAAAACAGAGAAGGCUUCAGUGGCCUACGCUGCAGAAGCGCUAAAAUCUCACAAAGAAGCGACUGACCUCAAAGCAAAUAUUCAUGUGGCAAAACCCAGUGGUAGAGCAGUUUCUACCCGAGCUGCCGUGACACCCAAAAAGAGGCAUCUCCUACAAACAUGUGGAUCUGAUGGUCGAAGUAAUUCCCCGAACUAUGUGAGCGACUCCAAGUCAUAUUCUUCUAAGAAUGGGGCAACAGACAGUGCCCCAGCUGAAGUAGUUAAUAACAAAAAACGUAAUCGAUUGGAGGGGUUAGUCUCAAAAAUUGCAAGUGCUAGUAAUCUUAGUGAAGGUCCAUCUUCACUUGGAAAUGAAGCGUCAUUCCCCCCGCCGGGUAUUUUUGAGCCAUCAGUUGAAUUGGAAAUUCAAAUUCCAAUAACAAAAUUAGGUGAAAAUUCGAUAAUUACCAAAGCUGAAGCGGAGUCCCCCUUGGAUCUGUUAGACUUGCAUAACAAAACAUUUCCAGAAGCUUCCUCAAACGGCAAGGCAGAAAGAGUUGUGGAAUCAUUGCUCAAUAAAACCGGAUGCAAUUUUAUGCUGAAGAGAAAACGAAAGAAAAUCAACAGAACCGGUUUUCCAACCGUGAAGCGUAAAAAGAGAAAAGUUAGUGAGCUGUCUGCAGCCCUCGAAUCGGAGAGCAAAACUGCAACUGAGCCAAACAAAGCAGAUCCAAUUUGUGACCGCGUCCCACAGGCGGGUGAGACAAGCGCCACAUUUUUGGAGCGUAAUCGAACACCGAGAUUGUCGGUUGUUAGUCUUGAACGUUUGCAAGGGACGAACAAAAAACAGAUUGCACGCGAGUUAACUCCAAGUAGAACUCGUUCGGCCAAAACUUCAACUACAAUGUCGGCAGUUAAAAAUCGAAAGCAGAGUAAAUUACCGAAGAAGGAUCAACCUAGACCUCUUUCCAAAAAGAAGGAUCAAAGUGUUGAACCGCUAAAAACAAGUGUUAAUCCUCUUUUGAAAAUGACCUUUCCAACUUGUAAGAUACGUCUUAAGCGUCGUAUAACAAUCCCACAAGCGGCAAAGAAACCAGCGGCACUACCAGCCAUUGACCAGAUUAAGAAAAAUGAAAAGGAAAUAACCUCGGAUAAGGAUCAGCCAGAAAAAGCACCUAAAGCAACUAUGAAGAAACCCGGAUCGGAAGCCACUAAUCUUCUAGAACAGGAACCACUCCCCCUUGCUGCAUUUUGUGAUGCUACUAACGCAAUUGAUUCGGAAUCGUCUUCAUCUGUGUCAGUUUUGAGCGAGGAUAGCAAAUCAACUUCUCGCAAACAAAAGUGGAAGAAGAGCUAUCUUGUGGCAGGCCUUCUAUCCGAUUACUACAAAGUAGUGGAUCCCGCAAGAGGAAAGAAACCCAACUUGAAUCAAGUCAAAGAAGCUAAUUUUGAGUCAGUAUUGCCUGUGAGUCUGCCUCUGUUACCUGCGCCUCCGUAUUGUGAGAAGUUCUUCCGGCGAACGGAGACUGAUUUCCAGCUUCCCUACGACAUAUGGUGGUCGUACACCAAUGGGAAGCUCCCUACCAGAGAAACUGUGCCUAGUUGGAAUUACAGGAAGAUCAGGACAAAUGUUUACCGCUGUGCGGAAGUGAGGCCAAACACGAACAACAUUGACCGGCCUACCUGUAACUGUAAACCGGAUGUGGGAUGUAGCGAUGAUUGUCUAAACCGCAUGGUUUAUACAGAGUGCUCUCCUUCAAGCUGUCCAACAAAAGAGAAGUGUAAAAAUCAGAAGAUACAGAGGCAUGAAGUUGCUCCAGGUGUGGAGCGGUUCAUGACUGAAAACAAGGGAUGGGGUGUGCGCACGAAGCUGCCAAUUAAGAAGGGAACAUAUAUUUUAGAGUAUGUCGGAGAAGUUGUGACUGAGAAGGAAUUCAAGGAUCGAAUGGCGACGCUCUACAUAAACGACACUCAUCAUUAUUGUCUGCAUUUGGAUGGUGGGUUGGUAAUUGAUGGCCAUAGAAUGGGCAGCGAUGGACGUUUUGUGAAUCAUUCGUGUUCACCGAAUUGUGAAAUGCAAAAGUGGUCUGUGAAUGGUCUUUCGCGAAUGGCUUUGUUUGCCGCCCGAAAUAUUGAGGCUGGAGAGGAGAUAAGCUAUGAUUACAACUUUUCGCUGUUCAAUCCAUCCGAGGGUCAAGAAUGUCGCUGUAACACUCCACAAUGUCGUGGAGUAAUUGGUGGAAAAUCUCAGCGAAUAAAGCCUCUCGUGGAACCGCCAAAACCAGUUGAAACCUCUGCUGGACAGACAGAUGGAAGGCGAAGUGGUCGACCGCGAAAGAGGCAGGGAUCAGCCCGUAAAGAUGUUAUUCGUCUUCAGUCUAAGGACAUUGUAAUGACGCAGAUGUUGCAGCCGUUGUCGGAGAAGGACAAGAGGUUGAUUGGUUUGCAGAGAAUCUUCUUAAUAAGGAACUUUGAAAAGGUUCGUCGCAUUAAGUCAAAAGGAUCGCAAUUGGAAGUUAAUAAGGUAGAGCAGGUUGCAUCCGCAGCUCUCCAGAGAAGACCCUCGACACCUUCUUCCAUUGCUGUACAAAUAUCAGCCUUGAGGUCACCGAGGAGCAUUCAAACUCGGUGUCUAGCGCAGGCUGUUCAAGACCCCGAAGUUGAAAAAAUGGCCAAAAUGGCAGUCAUUUUCAGAGAUAUAUGUUCGGCACUAGAGGAAAUCAAGGAUGAAAAUGGCAAGCCAGAAAUUACCAAACUGUAUCCAACAAUGAUGAGAAAGAAGGGAAAGCAAUUAAAACAACAAGUCAACAUGCAUAAACCUGUUGAUUUAAUUACCAUCCAGGCUAAUGUCGAGAAAGGCUACUACAAAGUUCCGAUGGAGUUUGACGAAGAUGUGGAAAGUCUGCUUUCGACAAUGCGAGAGUUUCAUAAAGAAAACCCCGAGAAGCUUUCAAUAAUUAAGAACAUUUCGGAACUGUACUUCAAGACAAAGGACAACGUUUACGAUCAAUUAGUUGAGCUAGCUCCUGACAAAAACAGUUUAAAGAGAUUCCGACCGAACGCUGGUGUUGAAAAGCCCCCAAUGGGAGUUGUUAGUAAGAAUUUUUCGUCAAAGUCCAAACACACAAAAGCAACUACAGAGGACAUCAUCAGUUGCAUUUGUGGCUUGUAUAAGGAUGAAGGUCUGAUGAUUCAAUGCGCACGGUGCAAUGUCUGGCAGCAUACAGAAUGUACAAAGGCGGAUGUGAACGCAGACAGCUACUUGUGCGAGAGGUGUGAUUCGCGUGUUGUUGAUAGGGAAAUCCCCUUGGAUGACUUCACGGAAGACGGCCAUAGAUACUAUUUAUCCCUGAUGCGUGGUGAUUUGCAGAUUCGUCAGGGUGAUACUGUUUAUGUGUUGCGUGACAUCCCCAUGAAGGAUGAGAACGGCGUCGUUUGUGCCAGCAAAAAGCACACGUACAAGACAAUUGGUGAAAUAGACUAUUCAGAAUGCGACAUCUUCCGAGUGGAGAGGCUUUGGAAGGAUGCAAAUGGGAAACGUGUUAUUUUCGGUCAUCAUUUUCUGAGGCCCCAUGAGACUUUUCAUGAACCAUCGAGGCGAUUCUAUCCGAAUGAAGUUGUACGUGUGCCUUUGUACGAACUUGUGCCAAUCGAUCUCGUUAUCGGUCGUUGUUGGGUUCUUGAUCGUACCACCUUUUGCAAAGGUCGCCCGGUUGAUUGUAAUAAUGAAGACCAUGUUUUCAUUUGUGAGCUGAGAGUUGACAAGUCUGCGAGAUUUUUUGCGAAAGCAAAAAUAAACUGGCCAACGUGCACCAAGAGCUAUGCGUUCAAGAAAUUCGAUGAGAAAUUAAGAAUCUGCAAGACAUAUGCGCCCCAUGAUGUUGACCCUGCCUUACUUAAGCCCAGACGCCAGAAGACCGACGCGGCAGAAAAUACUACAGCUGUGACUCCAAAAUCAACUCCAACACAUGUUCAACCCAACAGAAAGACAAAUGUUGUUUCUGUAUCACAGAAACGAAAAGAAUAUCUGCCUGUUAAAACAAGGAAGCAAAAACGAAAUCAUCUGGAAGUGGUAUUGGCAAUUAUAAAGAAGCUAAAGUCGAAGAAGAAUACUCAUAUGAAUGAAGGCGUUUUGGAUGUAUCAUACUUACUUUCGGGACGCGGAGCAAGGAAUCGUAAAUCGAUUGCGGCAAACGUGCCUACGUAGUCAAUAAAACAACGUUUAUUUAAACUCCAUGCAUUAGUUUUUGGUCCAAACGAUCAAUAAUAUUGUAUUUUCGUCACAAGAUAAUCUUGCAUUAAAUGCAGUUGGUUUGCCUUUUUGAAAAGUUAAACUAAACUAGAAGAUAUUUUUCUUUUUUAAUAAUUGUAAUAACCCUGGUCAAUGCAACAAAGCUUUGUUGUUUAAUAUUUGUAUAUGUUCUGUAAUAAUAAAAAUACUGAGGUACAGAAAUAAUAAAUCUGUACAGAAAA